AUGAAAGAUGUUUCAACGUCCGAUACAUCUUCCUGCGAUCUACUGCUCCUUGAUAUCUGCCCACUUGGUCUGGGUAUCGAAGAUAUUCACGGUAAUAUGCAUACACUCAUUCGUCGUAAUACAGCUAUUCCAACGCGAACUGAACUUUAUCCAAUAUUCACAAAUGCUUAUGCCUAUCAGACAACAGCUACCAUUCGCAUAUUUGAAGGUGAACAUAAUCUCACAAAAUACAAUAUAUUAUUGGGCGAGUUUAGUCUUUCUGGUCUAACAAGUAACUUCGCUCCUCAGACACUCGAAAUAGCUAUUCGUAUGGACAUCGAUGCUAAUGGGAUACUUCGUGUCGAUGCUGAAGAAGCGCGUUCGGGCGUGAGAGCUUCAUUUACUCUUGGGUCCGAUCAGCAAAGAUUGAGCAAAGAUGAUAUUGAGCGACAUAUUACCUAUGUAGAAAGUGAUACAAAUUUUGCAGCUAAAUCUGUUUAUGAUCGAAAAUCCAAUGAUCCAUUAUACUUACUCGAUGGUCAAAUUACACCUGUUACACGUAACUUUUCAGCUGAAUUUGUUACCUCAUUCGGUCAAACAACUGGUGCUCCCCUUCUCAUUAAACUGAAAAAUGUUCGAUCUUCAAGAACAAUGAUUGAAGAGCUCAUCAAACUUCAAUCCGAGGACGGUUCAUUUACGUUGAAUAAAGAUUUAGCUGAUAUACUUCAUGUCAAUGCUGAUAUUUUCAAUGGUCUAGAACAAUAUUUACGCGAACAAGGUUUUAACUCGCUGGGUGUCAUUCUUCUUUGGCUCGUUCUUCAAAUACAAGAUUUACAACAAAAUACGUGUCAAUUUUUAUUUAACAUCGAACAAAUCAAAGUGAAUUGA